AUUAUGAAUUUUACUUUCACAUCCAUCACUUCGCUUCAUCUUCACUCCUCAUUCCUCCACCGCCUUCCACCGUUUUCCCCUUUUUACACCUCACAUCUCCGCCACCGCCGGAAUCACCGCCGUUGCAUAGCUCUCUCCACCCUUAUCAACUUCUCGAACUAUUUUUAGCAUUCUUCGUUCCCAAAAAUCGCUUAAGCUCACUCAGACAUGUCGGCGCCUAGAUUCCAAUCAGCCUUCCUCUAUUUGAUUCUUCUUUUCGGUUCAUCUUUGGUGGUGGAAUCCGCCAUUGGAGUGAACUGGGGCACCAUUUCGUUCCACAAGUUGAAGCCCACCACCGUCGUUGAUCUCUUGAAAAGCAACAGGAUUCAGAAAGUGAAACUGUUUGAAGCAGACCCGAGUGUGCUCAAGGCUUUAAUGGGAACUGGGAUCCAAGUUAUGGUUGGAAUCCCUAAUGAGAUGCUCGCUUCUUUGAGCUCGUCUUCACUUGCCUCUGAUCUAUGGGUUCGUCAGAAUUUGUCUUCGUAUGUUGUUAAAGGGGGCGUCGACAUCAGGUACGUUGCAGUAGGAAAUGAGCCGUUUCUCAACAGUUACAAUGGACAGUAUCAGUCGUACAUCAUGCCUGCUUUGCUCAAUUUACAACAAUCUUUAGCAAAAGCAAAUCUUGCAAGCUAUGUGAAGUUAGUUGUACCUUGCAAUGCUGAUGCAUAUGAAUCUUCGCUUCCUUCCCAAGGAGCAUUCAGGCCUGAAUUGACUCAAAUUAUGACUCAACUUGUUUCAUUUCUCAACUCAAAUGGCUCCCCAUUUGUUGUAAACAUCUAUCCAUUUUUGAGCCUCUAUGGGAACUCCGACUUCCCACAAGACUACGCAUUUUUUGAAGGGACGACUCAUGCUGUUACAGAUGGAAGUAAUGUUUACUAUAAUGCAUUCGAUGGAAACUACGACACUUUGGUAUCAGCUCUCACUAAAAUUGGCUAUGGACAGAUGCCAAUUGUGAUAGGGGAGGUCGGUUGGCCCACGGAUGGAGCCAUGGGUGCAAAUAUCACAGCUGCGAGAGUCUUCAACCAAGGUCUGAUUAAUCAUGUCCUAGGCAACAAAGGAACCCCUUUGAGGCCAGCUGCGCCACCCAUGGACGUCUAUCUUUUCAGCCUACUCGAUGAAGGGGCAAAGAGUGUACUUCCAGGAAAUUUUGAGAGGCACUGGGGUAUCUUCUCUUUUGAUGGCCAGGCUAAGUAUCCUCUAAACCUUGGUUUGGGUAAUAAGGUACUGAAAAAUGCAAAACAUGUGGAGUAUCUUCCCUCUAGAUGGUGCGUUGCGAAUCCAUUCAGGGAUUUAACGGACGUGACAAAUCACAUAAAGCUAGCCUGCAGCAUUGCGGAUUGCUCGACACUCAACUAUGGAGGGUCAUGCAAUGGUAUUGGUGCGAAAGGGAAUAUCUCAUAUGCAUUUAACAGCUACUAUCAGCUACACAUGCAGAAUGAGAAGAGCUGUGAGUUUGACGGCCUUGGUAUGAUCACGUUCCUUGAUCCCUCCAUUGGCGAGUGUAGGUUCCUUGUUGGUGUCACUGACAGUCGGUCGCUCUGUUCUCGACCAUCAAGUGCGUCGGCGCUCGCUUGGGUAUCAAUAUUAUGGUUUUUCUGGACUCUUGUAUUAUGAAAACCAGUUUAGAGAAUUUUCCACGGUGAUCCAUUGAAUCUAUUAGGCUAUAAUUGUUAUAGAUAGUAAACAAUAGGCAUUAGUGUUAGAAUGUAAGCAUAUUAGAGCGAAUUAUCAAAGAUAGUAUACUGGGUUAAGUAUUCA